CAUUACGAAUCUCAGUAUGUCUAAUUUGCCUCAAAUAGAUUUGAAACUUAGAGACAUACAUCGAGUAGUGGACAUUCAUUGCCACGCUAUCGAGCAUAUCCAUAUGGCCGCAAAUAAUGCAGCUACACAAUAUCUGUUGGCAAUUAUUCUAUUCGUAUUCUCAUUCUCUGUAAAUCUUUAUCGCCUAUAUAACGCAUUAAUAACUAUGGACAAUCGAGUGGAAAUAUUCUGUUCUACUAUUGUAGUUACUUAUCAUUUAAUGACGGCACUCUACAACAAUCAUUACGGACAAUUAAUUAUUAAUAGUAAUCAUGACAUAUUUAAUGAAUUGUAAGUGUUAAUAAUUACUAUAUUUCUUACAUGUGUAUCGUUUAGAUAAUUCAUAUUUUAUCAGUUUUUAAUACUAAAAGUAUAAUGAUAUUGCCGGCAUAUAUUAAAUGAUAGAAUGAUAUGCAGAUGUGCUUCUACAUGGUAUCGCAUUCCUUUAAAAGCUCAAAAACUUUUGUUGUU